AGCCGCUAAAUAAAUUGGAUUUGGAUGCACACUCCGGCCGGGCUAUAAUGUGAGAGGUAAAGUGUGGAACAACUUUGCCAACCAACUUCCAUAGCGAGCACAACGGAGGAUCGCCCGCACAUAGCAGCACAUUCAUCCGGCACGCAAUGAUACGCGGGUUGGUGUCGAAGGGCAGUGUUGUGGCUCAUCCUGGUUGGCUAUGGAAAGACCAAACCACAAUCCCCGUGACCAUAGCGUAUCUCAGACGAUCGCCGUGUAUACCAUGGAAUUGCCCCGCCAAAUACACCAACGCGACCCGUUCGCCGGUAUGGCCACUGGCCGAGCGAAGACAAAAUCUAGCGACUUAUAGCACCAGGCAAAAGCAUGAGUACCGCCUGCAAACAAUACCAAAUACGGUCGGCAUCCUCGGAGCCCGGGGUGUCGCAAGUGAUAAUAGUCGUAAGCGGGGAGUCGGCCGGCAAGACAAUGCCAAGGAUAGCAGCGGCAAUGGUAGCUGGCGGCAGAAGGUUUCCCCAUACGCACGGUUAAUGCGUAUCGAUCGUCCGAUCGGUUCAUGGCUUCUGUUUUGGCCGUGUGGUUGGAGCAUAGCAUUGAGUGCUCCGGCGGGUUGCUGGCCCGAUCCGUUGAUGCUGGGCCUAUUUGGCGUAGGAGCUUUCGUGAUGCGCGGUGCCGGCUGUACCAUCAACGACCUGUGGGAUCGCGAUAUUGAUGCCAAAGUUGAAAGGACGAAAAAUCGACCACUGGUUGCGGGGGACAUCUCACAGUUCGAUGCGUUCGUGUUUCUGGCCGGCCAGCUCGGCGUUGGGCUAACGAUUCUGCUGCAACUUAACUGGUACUCGAUAGUACUCGGUGCUAGCUCGUUGGGUCUAGUCAUCGUUUACCCGCUGAUGAAGCGCAUCACGUACUGGCCACAGUUGAUGCUUGGAGCCACGUUCAAUUGGGGUGCUCUGCUGGGCUGGAGCGCUACGCAAGGCUCGGUCGAUUGGGCUGCCUGCUUGCCCCUGUACGCGGCCGGCGUGUGCUGGACAAUCGUGUACGACACAAUCUACGCACACCAGGACAAGGUGGACGAUCUGCUGAUAGGCAUCAAAUCGACGGCCCUGCGAUUCGGGGACAGUACGAAGCUGUGGCUUAGCGGGUUUACGGUGGCGAUGAUGGCGAAUUUGCUGGCCGCCGGACUAGUGUGCGAUCAAUCGUGGCCAUAUUAUACCUCGUGCGGGCUAAUUGCGGCCCAUCUAACGCAUCAGGUACACUCUCUAAACAUCCAUAAUCCGACGGAUUGUGCCUCGAAAUUUAUUUCCAACCACCAAGUGGGGUUGAUCCUUUUCGUUGGCAUCGUAUUGGGCACGCUGUACAAAAGAAAUGUUGACGAACGAACGAAGGGUUCCAUUAGUAGCGGUAGUAGCAGCAGUAGCGGGCCCACCACCGGCCAAUUGGGUGCAGCCGUCGCUGGGACGAGAAAUAUGGCGGUGUAGACAUGCUGCAAGGUGUUCCUAGUUUUUUUUACUUUCUUCGUGUAUUAUGCUGUCGUUUUAAA